GACCUGGUUUUUACACCUUAGUCCCAACGUUUCUGCCCUUUUCAAAAUCUAAUCUCACGCGCUUCCGCCACUUUCCCAGUUCCCAUCCCCUUUCUUCUCUCCGCCCUAAAACCACUGAAAUACCACUACCGUAUACCGCCAUUGCUAGAUCUCUGCAAAUGCUACAAUGAGUCACCGGCAACGCCCUCCGCCGCCGGCGCAGCAAGGUCCGGCCAGACAGCAGCGGGCUCAAGCUCAAGGAGAGGAUGAGCAGCCCUACAAUAUCAUUCCGAUCCACAACCUCUUGGCGGACCACCCGUCUCUGCGCUUCCCGGAGGUGCGAGCCGCGGCGGCUGCUCUGCGGUCAGUAGGGGAGCUGCGGAAGCCGCCGUUCUGUCCGUGGAGGCCGGAGUAUGAUCUGCUCGACUGGCUCGCGCUUUUCUUCGGCUUCCAGGCUUCCAGUGUUCGUAACCAGAGGGAGCACCUGGUUCUGCACCUCGCCAACGCCCAGAUGCGGCUCACCCCGCCCCCGGACAACAUCGAUUGUCUCGACCCCGGGGUUCUGCGCCGCUUCCGCCGUCAGCUCCUCAGGAACUACACCUCGUGGUGCUCCUUCCUCGGACUCAAAUCUAACGUUUGGCUCUCGGAGCGACACAACUCCGCCUCCGACAACCGGCGCGAGCUACUCUACGUGUCGCUCUACCUCCUUAUCUGGGGUGAGUCCGCUAAUAUCCGCUUUGUUCCUGAGUGCAUUAGCUAUAUUUUUCAUAAUAUGGCCAUGGAAUUGAAUAAAAUUUUGGAAGAUUACAUCGAUGAAAACACCGGCAGUCCAUUUUUACCCUCAAUUUCGGGUGAGAAUGCCUAUCUGAAUCGAAUUGUGAAGCCCAUCUAUGAGACAAUACGAGCUGAGGUUGAGAAUAGUAGAAAUGGCACUGCCCCACACUCUGCUUGGAGGAACUAUGAUGAUAUAAAUGAGUAUUUCUGGACUAAGAGGUGCUUUGAGAAGUUGAAGUGGCCGAUUGAUAUUGGUAGCACCUUUUUCGUGACCACAGACAAGGGGAAGAAGGUAGGGAAGACGGGGUUUGUGGAGCAGAGGUCCUUUUGGAACUUGUUUAGGAGCUUUGAUAAGUUGUGGAUCAUGCUUACUCUCUUCCUCCAGGCUGCAAUUAUUGUGGCUUGGGAGGGAAAGGGGUAUCCAUGGCAUGCUUUGGAGAGUAGAGAGGUGCAAGUGAAGGUUCUGACUGUGUUCUUCACAUGGAGUGGGAUGAGGUUCGUGCAGUCAUUGCUUGAUGUAGGGAUGCAGUAUAGACUGGUUUCAAGAGAGACACCAUGGCAUGGUGUGAGAAUGGUGUUGAAGGCCAUCGUUUCAGCUGGAUGGAUUGUGGUUUUUGGUGUGUUCUAUGGCAGGAUCUGGACCCAGCGGAAUAACGAUCGGGGUUGGUCAGGCGAGGCUAACAGGAGGGUGGUGAAUUUCCUUGAGGUCUCCUUGGUUUUCCUUGCCCCUGAGAUUUUGGCUUUAGCCUUCUUUAUUCUGCCCUGGGUUCGGAAUUUUCUUGAGAAUACUAACUGGAAGAUAUUUCACUUGCUGCUGUGGUGGUUCCAGAGCCGGACAUUUGUGGGUCGUGGACUUAGGGAAGGGCUUGUUGAUAAUAUAAAGUAUAGCCUAUUCUGGGUGCUUGUGCUUGCUACUAAGUUUACUUUCAGUUACUUUUUACAGAUUAAACCAAUGAUUGCUCCAACAAAGACACUGUUACGUCUUAAGAUUGAUAACGAUACAUAUGAAUGGCAUCAAUUUUUUGGCAACAGCAAUAGGUUUGCUGUAGGGUUGCUUUGGCUUCCUGUAGUUCUGAUCUACCUUAUGGAUAUACAGAUAUGGUAUGCUAUCUACUCUUCCUUUACUGGUGCGGCAGUUGGGUUAUUUGACCACUUGGGUGAGAUUCGGAACAUGCAACAGCUGAGGUUGAGGUUCCAGUUCUUUGCAAGUGCCAUUCAGUUCAAUCUGAUGCCAGAGGAGCAGUUAUUGAAUACUCAUGGAACAUUUAAGAGCAGGUUCAAGGAUGCCAUUCACCGCUUGAAACUUAGAUAUGGAUUUGGUCGGCCAUUUAAAAAGCUUGAGUCCAGCCAGGUAGAGGCUAACAAAUUUGCAUUGAUAUGGAAUGAGAUAAUUUUGACAUUUAGAGAAGAAGAUAUCGUCAGUGAUCAUGAGGUUGAGCUGUUGGAGCUGCCCCAGAACACCUGGGAUGUUAGAGUGAUACGUUGGCCAUGUUUACUGCUUUGCAAUGAGCUUUUGCUUGCUCUUAGUCAGGCAAAAGAGUUGGUAGAUGCUCCUGACCAGUGGCUCUGGUCUAAGAUUAGCAAGAGUGAAUACAGGCGGUGUGCAGUUAUUGAAGCUUAUGAAUGUACCAGACAUUUGUUACGGGAGAUUGUCACAUCAAAUAGUGAGGAACACUCCAUUCUCAACACUUUCUUUCAGCAAAUUGAUGAAUGGGUUAGGCUGGAAAAGUUCACAAAAUACUACAACCUGACUGCACUUCCCAAAAUAUGUGACAAAUUGACCAUUCUUCUCAAUCUAAGUCUCAAUCCUAAAAGGGACAUUGACAAAGUGGUGAAUGUUCUACAGGCCCUGUAUGAGAUUGCAACCCGGGAUUUCCUCAAGGAGAAGAUGACUGCAGAUCAGCUAAGAGAGGAAGGUCUUGCACCUCGGACUUCUGGGGAUAAAUUGCUUUUUCAGAAUGCAGUUGUGUUUCCUGAUCCUGACAAUGAGACCUUCUAUCGGCAAGCUCGGCGCUUACACACUAUUCUUACUUCUCGUGACUCUAUGAGUAACAUUCCAAGAAAUCUUGAGGCAAGACGUCGACUUGCCUUCUUUAGCAACUCUCUUUUUAUGAACAUGCCACAUGCUCCUCAUGUUGAGAAAAUGAGAGCUUUCAGUGUUUUGACCCCAUACUACAAUGAAGAAGUGUUGUACAGCAAGGAACAACUUCGAACUGAAAACGAAGAUGGUAUUUCCAUACUCUAUUACUUACAGACAAUCUAUGCUGAUGAGUGGGAGAAUUUCUUGGAGCGAAUGCGACGAGAAGGAAUGACCAAUGAGAAAAGAGAGUUGUGGACAGAAAGGCUUAAAGAUCUUAGGCUUUGGGCAUCAUACAGAGGCCAGACUCUUGCACGGACAGUGAGAGGAAUGAUGUAUUAUUACCGAGCUCUUAACAUGCUGGCUUUUUUGGAUUCAGCUUCUGAGGUGGACAUAAAGGACGGAUCACGCGAGCUUGCUUCUAUGAGGCGUAGUGAGGGACCUGAUGGUUUGAGCUCAGAAAGGGCACCAUCAUCUAGAAGUUUGAGCAGAGCUGAUAGUUCUGUGAGUUUGUUGUUUAAAGGUCAUGAAUAUGGGACUUCUUUAAUGAAAUUCACUUAUGUGGUUGCCUGUCAGAUUUAUGGUACUCAGAAGGCCAAAAGGGAUCCCCACGCUGAAGACAUCUUGAAGCUGAUGGAAAACAAUGAAGCUCUUCGUGUUGCUUAUGUUGAUGAGGUUGUAAGAGGAAGGGAUGAGAUAGAGUAUUAUUCUGUGCUAGUGAAGUACGACAAAAAACUGAAGAAGGAAGUGGAGAUCUAUCGAGUCAAGUUGCCUGGUCCAUUGAAGCUUGGGGAGGGAAAGCCUGAAAAUCAGAAUCAUGCUCUUAUUUUCACCCGGGGAGAUGCAGUCCAGACAAUCGAUAUGAACCAAGAUAAUUACUUUGAGGAGGCACUGAAAAUGAGGAAUCUGUUGGAGGAAUUCAAGCAUUACUAUGGAAUCCGCAAGCCAAAAAUUUUGGGAGUUAGGGAACACAUUUUUACUGGUUCAGUCUCAUCCCUCGCUUGGUUCAUGUCAGCUCAAGAAAUGAGUUUUGUCACUCUGGGUCAACGUGUCUUAGCUAACCCUCUGAAAAUCCGAAUGCACUAUGGGCACCCAGAUGUGUUUGACAGGUUUUGGUUUUUGACUCGGGGAGGGCUUAGCAAAGCAUCUAGAGUGAUCAACAUUAGUGAAGAUAUUUUUGCUGGCUUUAACUGCACAUUGCGAGGUGGGAAUGUUACCCACCAUGAAUACAUCCAAGUUGGCAAGGGAAGGGAUGUUGGACUGAAUCAAAUAGCUAUGUUUGAAGCCAAGGUUGCCAGUGGGAAUGGCGAGCAAGUUCUGAGUAGGGAUGUCUAUAGGUUGGGCCAUAGGCUUGACUUCUUCAGAAUGCUCUCAUUUUUUUAUACAACUGUUGGGUUUUAUUUCAACACAAUGAUGAUUGUUCUUACAGUUUAUGCAUUCUUAUGGGGAAGACUCUACCUGGCACUUAGCGGGCUUGAGGGCUCUAUUGCUGAAGGUGAUACCAAUGACAACAGAGCACUUGGUACAAUUUUGAACCAACAGUUCAUCAUUCAGCUGGGUCUAUUCACUGCUUUACCUAUGAUUGUGGAGAAUUCUCUUGAGCAUGGUUUUCUUACUUCUAUCUGGGAAUUUAUAACAAUGCAACUCCAACUUUCUUCUGUAUUUUACACUUUCUCAAUGGGAACGCGUGCCCACUAUUUUGGCCGAACUAUUCUUCAUGGUGGUGCCAAGUACCGGGCAACUGGACGUGGCUUUGUGGUACAACACAAGAGUUUUGCUGAAAAUUAUAGACUUUAUGCUCGUAGCCACUUUACUAAGGCAAUUGAACUUGGGCUCAUACUUAUAAUAUACGCCUCAUACAGCCCUGUAGCUACCAAAACUUUUACAUACAUAGCAUUGACCAUCUCAAGUUGGUUCCUGGUGGUGUCAUGGAUCUUGGCACCCUUUGUGUUUAAUCCUUCUGGAUUUGAUUGGUUGAAGACAGUGUAUGAUUUUGAUGAGUUUAUGAGCUGGAUAUGGUACCGAGGUGGUGUUUUUGCAAAAGCUGAACAAAGUUGGGAAAAAUGGUGGCAUGAAGAACAGGAUCAUUUAAGGACAACUGGUCUUUGGGGGAAGAUACUGGAAAUAAUUUUAGACCUCCGUUUCUUCUUUUUCCAGUAUGGAAUUGUUUAUCAGCUAGGCAUUGCUGCUGACAGCAAGAGCAUUGCAGUUUACUUGCUUUCCUGGAUUUAUGUGGUGGUAGCUCUUGGGAUUUACACCAUUAUAGCUUAUGCUCGGGAUAAGUAUGCUGCAAAGGAGCACAUAUAUUAUCGUCUGGUUCAGUUCCUAGUUAUAAUUCUUUUCAUAAUUCUGCUAAUUGCACUGCUCCAGUUCACAGAUUUCAAAUUUAUCGAUCUAUUCACUAGCAUGCUGGCUUUCGUUCCCACUGGUUGGGGUCUCCUCUCAUUUGCGCAAGUGCUACGUCCCCUUUUGCAAAACACUUUUAUCUGGGGGACAGUUCUUGCUGUGGCUCGACUGUAUGAAAUCAUGAUUGGAGUGAUUGUCUUGAUACCCGUGGCACUAUUAUCCUGGUUGCCUGGAUUCCAACCCAUGCAGACAAGGAUCCUAUUCAAUGAUGCUUUCAGUAGAGGCCUGCGGAUAUUCCAGAUUGUGACCGGGGCAAAAAAAAACAAAGCGUGAUGUCUGAUUGAGACUCCCAAUUCGUGAAAGGAUUGCUCUGUGGACUAAUGGACUACCACCCUCCAGUACAUGUUCUGAUAACAAUCAAGGCUUUGGGUAUGCUCGAGGAAGUAGAUACAGUACAAAACAAAGAGGCUAGAUUACAUUUUCCAUUUUGUAGAGGCUUUACCAUAGAGGCUAUAUAGAUAUUCUGCUGCAAUGAGGAGGGCGUUUCAUCUGAUCUGACCUUCCUGUCUUCGUCUUCUCUGACCACUGUAAUUAUUAUUCGAUUUGUAAUAGCUUUUGUGUAAACCCCAGUUUUUGUGUGAUAUAGCUCUUCAGUUCAACAUUGGUCUCUGAGUAAACAUAGUAUGGCAUCUUCUUGUUCAUUGUUUCUUCAGAAAUCCUACUGUGAAUGUUGUCUCAUAAUUCAUUUGUUGUCUGGCAGUUCAAUUA